CCUCAGCUCGGCCAUCAUUCACCACUGUUGCUGAACUGCACAGACUCGCUUCAUCGUCUUCGGGCUGUGCCUACUCAGUCAUUGUUGACAGUCUUCGCGCUCCUUAUUGUUCUCAUUCACUGCUGGGCUUGGUGCCCUUCGUGCCUUCGCUUGGCUCGUCCCCCACGGCUACGUGCAUAAUCAUUCACUCCCACCCACUCAGCAUUCACUGCACACUCGACAGUCACAGGACCAUCUCGCACCACCAUGGCGGAUGACAAACCCACCCCUGCUCAGCCUAGCGCUGAUUCGAAUCUCGCCAAAUCCUUCGCAGAUCGAUUGACCUUCCCUGGCGACUCCAAAGACAAGGCAAACGGCACCGAAAAGUUCAACUGGGCGGAUGAAGUGACCACACCAUUGCAAGAGACCGACGAGAAGACUGCAACACUGCCCAAGGCACAGACCGACGGCACUGCGGACGAGAAGACGGGAGAAUCAGACAUGGCACAGAAGGAUGGCGCGACGGUGUGGAUGAGCGGCUCAGACGGCCUGGACGAGCCCGCCUUCGAUGUCAACGUCAAGUUGGCUGACCUCCAAGAUGAUCCCAACAACCCCUUAUACUCCGUCAAAUCGUUCGAGGAGCUCAAACUUCGCCCCGAGCUUCUUCAAGGCCUCUCCGUCAUGAACUUUCGCAAGCCCUCAAAGAUUCAAGAGCGUGCGCUUCCUCUUCUCCUCAUCAACCCUCAGCGCAACCUCAUCGGCCAGUCACAAUCAGGCACGGGAAAGACGGCGGCCUUCGUUCUCAACAUGCUCUCCCGCGUCGACCUCAGCACCAAGCAGCCGCAAUGCCUUGUGCUCGCUCCCACCCGAGAGCUUGCUCGCCAGAUAUCCGCCGUGGCUUCCCUCAUGGGCAGCUUCCUUGCCGACCAAGGCCUUCAAGUCACCGAAGCCAUUCCGGAUCCAGCGAAGCGCGGCCAGCAGCUUGAAGGUCAAAUCAUCGUUGGCACGCCGGGCACAACCAUGGACAUGAUCAAGCGUCGUCUCCUCGAUGCCAAAGGCAUUCAAGUCUUGACACUCGACGAAGCAGACAACAUGCUCGAUCAGCAAGGCAUGGGCGACCAGUGCACUCGCACCAAGCGUUUGCUCCCCAAUCUCAAACAGACCGUCCUCUUCUCAGCCACCUUCCCGCCAGAGGUCCUGAACUUUGCCACUCAAUUUGCCCCCAACGCAAAUCAAAUCACUCUCGAAGUCGAAAAGCUCACAGUCAAGGGCAUCAAGCAAAUGUACCUCGACUGCAAUUCCGACGAGGAGAAGUACAAUGCGCUGGUCAAGUUCUACGGCCUCAUGACCAUCGCCUCUUCAAUCAUCUUCGUCAAACGCCGUGACACCGCGGCCGAAAUUGAGAGGCGCAUGACGGCCGAGGGUCACCGUGUUGCCUCCCUCACCGGGGCACUGGAGGGUGCUCAACGCGAUGAAGUCUUCAACAAAUUCCGCAACGGCGAAGCCAAAGUUCUCAUCACCACCAACGUGCUCUCCCGUGGCAUCGACGUGCAGACGGUCACCAUGGUCAUCAACUACGACAUCCCCGAGCUUCCCGGCGGGCUCCCAGACUUCGAAACCUACCUCCAUCGCAUCGGGCGUACGGGGCGAUUUGGACGCACCGGUGCUGCUCUCAGCUUCGUGCACGAUCGCAGAAGCUGGGAGAAUCUCAUGAAGAUCUGCAGUCACUUCCAGGUCGAGCCGACGAAGCUCGACACUUCGGACUGGGAUCAUGUGGAGAAGAUGUUGAAGACGGUCAUGAAGAAUUCGAGGAACGUGCUUCCCAAGGAGGUUAGCAUGGAAAGCUAGAUGGAGCUGUUGUGUCUCGAGAUUCGACGGACGGAGGAACGGAUGGAACAGCUCGCCUUGAGACUUGGAGAGCUUGGCGGGCUAUAGAUACCACGAUUGCGAAGCGAUGGAAUGCA